AUGAUGAUUGAAACGAGAGCGUUGCCACUGGCAUUGGCCUUGAUGGCAUCCACGGUGGGUGCCUUUCAAAGCGUAGAUAUCACUCCAACAACAACAAGAAUGAGUACUACCGGCACAGCCCUUGCCAUGGACCGAAGGAACUUUGGAGCAGCUGUCAUUGGAGGCAUUGUGGCGGGGAAUGUUUGGAACCCAACAAAACCUGCCAUGGCAGAGGUAUUCUUGGAUCCGGCCAUGUACGGUGAUCAAGAGUUGAGAGUCAGUGCCGUCGAUUCCAUCAAGGAAAAAGUACGAAGAGCCAUUCUACAAAAGCCGGUUCUGGCACCAUCAUUUUAUCAACUGAGCUUGCUCGACGGAUUGAGCUACAACGAACGCACCAAAAAGUACGGACCCGAUGGCAGUGUUGUGGCCAAUGUGCUUUCUUCCAAGAGCACGGACACUUACACCCAAAAUUUGCAAGAAGCAUGCAAUGUGCUUAUUGAAGGCGCCAAGGCACUCAAGAGGAAGACUGCCAUUACAGUCUCGGAUGCCGUUGCUAUUGGCGGUGCCGAAGCCAUUGAAUCGGUGGGGGGGCCUGUCCUGGCUGUACAGUUGGGACGCAUGGAGCCGGCAAAAGGUGCCCCUCUGCCUCCUCUCCCCGUUGAUCUAUUUUCUGGAACUCGGUCUGCUUCCGAGGUCUCAGAUGCCUUUCGUUCUGCCGGCUUGACGGAACGAGAGAUGACAGCCUUGCUGUCUGGGCUCAUGACUUUGGAAUUGGUGGAGAAAUCCAGGUCUGCCGAAGAUUGGAAAGAAUCUGCUAAACCCAAGUUUCGUGAACGAGGAAAGAUGGGUAGAAUGUCCGAGUUCAAGCAACUCACAGAUGAAGAUAUCGCAAAUGCAGAAGCAGCAGAGUUUGACGAUGACGACGACGGCGAGGACCCAUUGUUUGAUGAUGGCAGAACCUAUAUUGCAGAUAGUUUCGGAACCAGGGACGAACGCUUUGGAAAGCGCAUUGGAGCAGAGCAAAUCGACGAAAAGACUUUCAAUAAGUAUUUGAAGGAGCUCGACGAGGCGUCGUCGAAGAAGAAAGGAGGCAAUGUGAGCGACUACGGGUGGAUCGGAGUGCUUCUUGCGGAUGGAGACGUUACCCAGACAUGGCUCAAAAAGUAUGCUGGAUCCAACCUCAACUAUCUCAAGGACCUCAAAGUCUCGUUCAAUGCUGUUACCCAGCUCGGAGCCGUGUACACUGGUGGAAAAUACGAGAGUCUGCUCAAGAACAAGGGACGAAAAACACUCAACGACGAUCAGCUGAAUCUAUUCUAA